AUGGCCAUGCCGAUAUCCGAUCGCGCCCACAUGGGGCAAGAUCCGAGUCAAUCCCCCGAGCCUGGUCGAGAAGAGCUGGACCUUCCCGGUCUUUCUGCCGCGGACGAGCCUAACGACGUCCCAUCCAACCUCGACGGGCCUGUUCGCAAGCGUCGCAGGAGUCGCAAGGGUCUCGACAAGCGCUUUGAGUGCCCCGCCGAAGGUUGCGGAAAGAGCUAUUCGCGCGCUGAACAUCUGUACCGCCACCAGCUCAAUCAUAACUCGAAACAGGUCUACCGCUGCGAACACCCUGGCUGUACCAGGACCUUCGUCCGUGGCGAUCUCCUCAAGCGACACAUGGACCGCCAUACAGCCAAAGGCUCCCAGCUAAGCCGACGAGAUUCUAGCCUUGGCCAAGCUUCCCCAACCCUAGCCGCUGCCCCGGGAUCUACCUCUCCGGAAGCCAAGAGAUCUGCUCCCGGACACCAGGUUUCAGAGCAUGGCCAGACCAGCACGUCCUACCGGACCCACGAUGCUUCUGGGUCGUAUACCCAACAACGCUAUGCUGUCAUCGGUACACAGCAUCAGAUCUCGUACCGCAACGACGGUGCUCUCAGCGUCAGCAAGGCCCCUGCUAUGAACACCUACUCCCAGGAGUCGACGUAUGCCACCGGCAUGCCCGACGAACAUUCGCAAUCCCCCGUUGCCCAGGGACCGUCCAUAGCCAUGGGUAGAACCGACGCCUCCACGUUUUCACCAAUACCAAACAUUCAGUCUUACCGCAAUCACUCCAGUGCAGGUCCGACAGCGGUGAGAUUUGUCUCGCAAUCCAACGUCAUGCCCUUCAACCUGCCACCCUCUCAGUAUCAAAAUGAGCAUAGAAUGUCCCACUCGGAUGAGCAACAGUCGUCUUACGCGCACACCAGCGGUGACUAUGCAGACGCAGCCCAGCAGCAGCAGCAGUCUAAUGACAUGAUGCUGCUCAACCAGAUGGCCAUGGCCGGUACAGUGCCUGUGUUUGGCACUGAUGGGUUUAAUAAGUCUCCCUAUGCUGGUAUGCCUGAGGAUUUCCUCUCGUACCUGUUCAACAAUGUACCUUCGAACGAGAGAUCGCCGAUAAGCAGGGACAUGAUGCGAGUGACACCGACUUAUGCCAAACAUUUCGAGCUGACGAGACGACAAUCUUCUAGCUAUGGUGACUUGAACAGCAAUCAGCUCUCUGCCUCCUUUUCGGGCGCCACUAACCCCUCGGCUGCGGGCUACUUCCCUGUGGCCCCCCACCAGGUCAUGGCCGUUAAUAACAUCUUGGACCAAAACGUCCCAGAAGCUACCAUCUCGGAUGAGAAGAGCCAGGAAAUCUUUGAUUUCAUCAGCCAGCGAUUCCACCAAAACGACAAUGCCCCUGCCGAACGCCGCAGGGAUAGCAUGACCGACGGUGACCGGUCUAGUGAGACGCACAUGCUGAGCAAAAGGAUGAUGCAGGCUUACAUCGGCUCCUACUGGUAUCACUUCAGUGACCAGAUGCCCAUUCUGCAUAAGCCCACCUUUUCGCCCGACAGAACACCCAAUCUGCUACUCAUCGCCAUGAUGACCAUCGGCGCUGCCUUGCUGGAUAGGACGCACAGCCCCAAGGUGGUCAAGGCGGGUGCCAAGCUGUCCAACUUUCUCGCCUGGCAGCUAAGAUGGGAGAUCUUCAUGGACGAGAACUUCCGUCCACCGGCCAAGCUGUGGGUGUUUCAGACUCUUAUACUCCUCGAGCUGUACGAGAAGAUGUACUCAACGAGAGAGCUCCACGAGAGGGCGCACAUUCACCAUGCUACCACGAUUCAGCUCAUGCGUCGAGGACGAGCCCUGAUUGGGAAGUCGGCUGCCGAGUCACCAUCAAGCCACGCCGAGAAUCUCAACGGUUCUUCGCGGCAGUCGUCAGCCGCGCAUCAGACAGCAGACGAGUGGUGGAAGCAGUGGAUUGUGUACGAGGCCACUCGGAGGGCGGCCUUUGCCGCCUUUGUCAUCGACUCGGUUCAUGCUACCAUGUUCGGCCAUUCAGGCGUCAUGGUGGCCCAUGAGAUGCGGCUACCCCUCCCCUGCGACGAGUCUCUGUGGCAGGGAUCGAGCAGCGCCGAGGUCGGACGAAUCGAGGCAAAUCUGCUGUCGCGGGGCAUCAAGCCUAUAUCUUUCCUCGAGGGCCUCAAGCGCACCCUGAGCAACCAGGAGGUGCACACCAACUUCUUCGGCCGCACCGUCCUCAUGGCCGGGCUACUCAGUGUAUCGUGGCAUAUGCACCAACGCGACCUGCAGGUCAACGUGCUGGGCGGCGGUGUGACCAGUUCGCUCGGCGGCAGGGACCGGUGGCGCGCCACGCUCACCCGGGCCUACGACACGUGGAGGGCUGAGGCAGACAAGGCCCUUCUGAGUAGCGACGGGCCCAGCGAUCCAUAUCGCUACGACGCCGCCCGGCGCAACGAGCUGAACGUCAUAUUUGAGAGCCGCACGGUGCUUCACCACCUCGCUCACAUGGCUAUGCACGCCGAUAUUGUGGAUCUCCAGGUAUUUGCCCGAUCCAAGAGACUCCUGGGACGUGCCAUUGGACCACAAGAAUUCAAGAGCGCCGAGCGCAGGAUUCGCGACGGGUGGGCCCCCUCGGCCAGGGCCCGUGACGCAGCCUACUAUGCCCUCAAGUUCCUGUGCUCGGUCCUGAUACCGGAUGCCGUGAAGCAGCCGUCGGGAAUGGACAUGCCCUUGGGUGGCGCCUCUGCUUACCGCAAUCGGGAUGAGCCCUACCAGGCAAGGGACGACGUGCUUCUCAACCGCCCAUGGGUCCUAUACUUUGCCAUGCUGGUCGUGUGGUCCUACGGGUUCGCCCUUCAGGGGAAGCCAGCCGAUGCCAGGCUUCCGACCAACGACCGUACCAAGGAGAAGCUGAUGCGCGACUACCUGAUCAAGUUUGGGUCCAUCACUGACCCGAGUGAGCUGCAGAGGGCGAAGGGCUUCAAUGACAACACCGGUGCCUUGGUAUUUCUGAGGGACACUUUUGACGAUACGAGAUGGGAGCUGCUGCACGAGGGAGCGAGGUUGUUGGACAACUGCAUCAUAUUGAAUACGGGAGACGGUUUCUAG